UUGAAAGUUUUGUUGGACAUCAGAUGCUAAUUAAUGCACAUUCUUUGGAGACCGAAGCCUUAUUACUGCAAUCAGAGAGCGUUUGAUUUCAGGGUUUAUGGUAAAGAUGUGAACUUUUUUCUGGGAAAGGAAUACAAUUCCGAAAAUUUUACAGAGAAAAAGGAGUGAGUGCGAGUGUCUUUGUGGGUUCUGUUCUGUCUUGGCUCUGUCUCCCCCACCCGUCACAAUCUCUCUCUCCCUCCACCAAAUUGGCUUUUAUUUCCCUUUUGCUGCCUUGCUUUUCUUUAAUUGUUCAUAUCUGCAAUUGUCUAUGUCUGUUCCUUCUGCUCCCUCUUCUCAGUACCUGCAAAUGGAGGACGAAGAAUCAUACUUUGAAACCCUUGUUAUUAUUUGAUGCCCUUUCUCUCUCUCUCUCUAAGCUAUGAUUCCAGCCAGACCCAUUUCUCCUACUAAUAGAAACUUUUUAAUUCAGCUCCGUGGGUGGGUUCUUGUUUGUGGGUUUUACUUGAAAAGGAGAGGGCUUUGUCACUUCAGAGCCUACGGAUUUCGCUACUUCCUUUGAUGGGUCUUUCUAGUUUCGUUAUUUUCUGAUUAGAAACAAUCUACUUUUUGCUAAAAGGAAUGAACUUUUCUUCGGAAGGUUUCAUGGAAUUUGACCUGAACCGCGAGGCUGUGUCCGUAGAGGGGAAGAACGGUGGUGGAGGGCUUGAGAGGGGUAGUUCCGGUAAUUCAUCAUCGUCUUCUUCCUCUUGCUCGUCUGGGUCAACACCUUCUUCAGCUUCUGCAUCUUCUAUAUACUCUGAGCUUUGGCAUGCCUGUGCUGGUCCUUUAACUUCACUGCCCAAGAAGGGCAAUGUGGUUGUGUAUUUCCCACAAGGCCACUUGGAGCAAGGUGUUAUGGUUUCAUCUUCAUCAACUUUAUCUCCCUUGGAAAUUCCAAAAUUUGAUCUUCAGCCCCAAAUCUUCUGUAGGGUUGUGAAUAUCCAAUUACUUGCAAACAAGGAGACUGAUGAGGUUUACACACAGCUCACCCUGCUUCCUCAGCAAGAGCAGGCUGUUCUAAAUAUGGAGAGGAAAGAGACAGGGGAGUUGGGAGGGGAUGAAGAAAGGAAUGGAAGUUCAUCUACCAAACGGACACCUCAUAUGUUCUGUAAAACCCUAACAGCUUCUGACACGAGCACACAUGGAGGGUUCUCUGUUCCUAGAAGAGCUGCUGAAGAUUGUUUCCCUCCUCUUGACCACAGUCAGCAGAGGCCAUCUCAAGAACUUGUGGCAAAGGACCUCCAUGGAGUUGAGUGGAGAUUUCGGCAUAUUUAUAGAGGUCAACCUAGGAGGCAUUUGCUCACCACUGGUUGGAGCAUUUUCGUCAGCCAAAAGAAUCUCGUCUCUGGUGAUGCAGUUCUUUUUCUGAGAGGUGAAGACGGGGAGCUGAGGCUAGGAAUCAGAAGAGCUGCUCGGCCAAAGCAUGGACUUCCUAAUUCUAUUGUUGAGAAGAACUCAUGCUCGAACAUUCUCUCUCUUGUGGCUAAUGCAGUGUCUUCCAGAAGCAUGUUCCAUGUGUUCUACAGUCCACGUGCCACUCAUUCAGAGUUUUUAAUUCCUUAUGAGAAGUAUAUGGCAAGCAUCAGGAAUCCUGUUUCUAUAGGUACGAGGUUCAGAAUGCGAUAUGAAAUGGAUGAUUGUCCUGAAAGAAGAUGCACCGGGGUAGUGACUGGAAUCAGUGACCUGGACCCGUAUAGGUGGCCAAACUCGAAAUGGCGAUGCUUACUGGUACGGUGGGACGAGUCUUUCAUGAGCGGUCACCAAGAAAGAGUCUCCCCUUGGGAGAUGGAUCCUUCAGCUUCUCUCCCACCUUUGAGCAUUCAGCAGUCUCCGAGGCCAAAAAGGUCGCGGACUGGUCUACUGGAAGUUUUACCCGUGAACCCCGUAAUGGCAGAAAGGGGUGCUUUUUCGGUCUUUGAGGAGUCGAUUAGACCCUCUGAGGUCUUGCAAGGUCAAGAAAAUAUAGGUUUUGCAUCACACUUACAUGGCUGUGAUGUUAUGAACCGCCGGAAACUGGAUAUUGCUAUGCCGUCUCAUGCAAAUCCGGUUCUUGUUUCUACUGGAAUGAAGGCUAAAUUUGGUGAGUUUAUAGGUGCAACAACAACCCGUGCCUACUCGGGCAUUUUGGACCUGGAAAGGUUUCCAAGGGUCUUGCAAGGUCAAGAAAUUUGCUCGGUUCGAUCUUUUCCACAAGCUGCUGCUUUUAACGCACCCUCCUGGGGAGCACCCAUUACUGGGUGCAACAACAAUCCCUUUGCUUAUCAAGCCAACAAAUCAAGUUUCUACCCUCUUGCCUCACAAGGGCUGAGAAGCACUGGUAUUCCAUUUCACAACCUAUAUAAUGUUGGAGAAGUGCCUUCAAGAUGGCAUCGUGACAUGAUGAAUUCUCCAAGGGAGACAGAAGCUCUCGGGAAUGUAAUACAGAACUUGGGCAUACAAAAUGAACGUGUUCUGCCGGAAAAAGUUCCGACUGCUUCAGGCUUGAAGACAGCUAUGGUGAGCAGGCAAAAGGGUGAUGAUUUUAACGGGAAAGUCCCAUCGGGAUGCAAACUUUUUGGAUUCUCCUUACCCGUUGAGACACAAGCAUCAAACCCACAAAACUCAAGCAAAAGGAUCUGCACAAAGGUUCACAAGCAAGGCAGUCUUGUGGGAAGGGCGAUUGAUUUAUCCCGACUUAAUGGGUAUGAUGAUCUACUUACGGAGCUUGAACGGCUAUUCAGCAUGGAAGGGCUUCUCCGUGAUCCAGACAAAGGCUGGAGGAUCUUAUACACUGAUAGCGAGAACGACAUGAUGGUUGUUGGUGAUGAUCCAUGGCUCGAUUUCUGCAAUGUGGUGGUGAAGAUCCACAUCUACACAAAAGAAGAAGUGGAGAAGAUGAACGUAGGACACGUAAACGACGAUAACCAGAGUUGUCUGGAGGAAGCUGCUCUAAUGGUGGAAGCUUCUAAAUCAUCUUCAGUGAGCCAGCCUGAUUUCUCUCCAGACAGUAGUAACUGAGAGAGGAUGUCUUUGAUAAAAACAAUGGAAACCCAAGUUUGGUUUAGUCUGGUUUACAAGGCCUUGACUUGUCGGUUUCUGUUUAGUUUUCAUGGAUUUGGAUUUGGAUUUGUUAUCAAAGAUUUGAAAGUUUGUGGAAGUGUAUGUGUAUGUGUAUGGAAAACAAAAGCUUGUGAAAAGAUUUGUUCUUGAAUUCAGUUUUA